AUGGAAGGACGUCCAAACAAGAGAGUCAAACUCACUAACACAGGAGGUGACAACGACAGUGGUGCUACAGACAAUGGCAAGUGUGGGGAUAACAAAUACGAAAGCAUCAAUCCAUCCACAUCAACGCUCAAUCACGAGACAAGUGCUCCGGAAAAUCCGCCAACAACCAGCAAACGCAGAAGUGGAGCAGUCCAACCAGGAUUGGCCGUGCGUAGCAUGAUUCCUAACCUGAAAAAUUGCUUGAUCGAUGCUACGGAAAUCAAGGAGUAUGAUGAGAUAUUAGUUGAGCAAGUGAACCGACUACAAAAACUAUCAGAAUACACCAAUGCAAAGGCCAAUAUAUAUGCAUUAGGAAGGUUGUUGCCAACUGCGACAUGGGGACAGUAUAAGCCCAUCAAUGACCGGAGCAAGGUCUUAUGCAAUCCAGCAACUAACGAACCACUCACCAUCUGGGUUGUUGGACAGAUUGCAAAGAUGUGGUUUACUAAGUUUGGUAACCUGGAAAAGCAGGCUACCAUCAUGAUUAUGCCACUCUCCAAAUCGCUGGCACAGCAAAGCACAUUGUUACUCGCGAAGAUGUCCAGUCCGACAACGAGUAGCAACCAACAAGCCACACAAAUCAUUCAAGCUAUCAAGUGGCAAAAUGCUAGGGGAGGAGACAGUGAGGAUGAACCUGUAUUAUUUGAUGCAGUAUAUGUCAUCAGAGUGGCAGGCUCUUUGAAGACACAAACAGAACGACCUCUCUGGAAGCUGGUUGAUUUGAAGAUGGGAGAUUUGAUUCUCUUAGAGAUGAAAAUGACGAGGUAUUCCAAGAAACAAGAAGAUAAGUGGCAUUCUCGUGCGCAGUACGAUAUGCUUGCCAUUUAUCUUCUAGAUAUAUGUGAGACACCAGAAGAAGACACUCUGGGUACGAGUCUGAUUGAUGGAUUAGCUAUUUGA